GCUGUUGCCCCAACCUCUGUCCCCAAAGCUCCCGGAGGAACGGGCGGCGGAGUCAGCACUCGGUCCACUUCCCUGUGCGCCUAUUGCUGCAGGUGUCCCGAGGAGGGUAGCGGAGUCCGGGCCGCGCAGCCGGGGCUACGGCUGUACCGGGAGUGCAGGAGCCUCGAGGGAGAGCCGCUGCAGCCACUACUCCCUCCUCCAGCCUAGGGCCGGCCCCAGAGGAGACCCCGAAGGGUCCCGGGGGGCCGGGGCUAUGAAAUGAGGUUCAAGCAAGUGAGUCUUUUCGCGUUGUUGACUCUGGGCGCCUUCCUGUCCCUUUCCUGGCUCAGCGCAGAAUGGAGCCGUUGGAGCGGAUAUGAUGCGAAAACUUAUAGAAACCAGAUUUUGAAGGUUCAGGAAAGACUGUUAUUUUUACAAGAAGAAAAUAAAAAAAGGUCUCUGGAGUUGUCGAAUGCCUUGAAUCAGAUCAAAUGCACCACUUCAGACAGAACAGUUUCUGCCACAGAACUUGAAGGUGGUAUGAAUUUGAAAACACUUGGAUUUUCCAACUUUGACUUCAUGAAGCUCAAUAGCCUGUAUUACCAUCUGCCUCAUCUAAGAUCUCAUGAAAACAAUAUUUAUCCAAAUAUAAUCUUUGGGAAAAAUAAAACAGGAGUCUCUGUGGUCAUGGGUAUUCCUACCAUAAAAAGAGAAAAAGAAAGUUACCUGAUACAAACGCUGAAUUCUCUCUUUUUCCAAAUGUCCACAUUAGAAGAAGAGGAUUGUCUUGUGGUUAUCUUUGUAGCUGAGGUUGAUGAAACUUAUAUUAAUGAUCUUGCAAAAAUAAUCAAAGCUAGAUUCCCCAAAGAAGUGGAUUCUGGAGUUUUAGAGAUGAUUUCUCCUCCAGCCUUUUAUUAUCCAUCUUUUUCAGACAUCAAGUUAACUUUUGGAGACUCGGAAAAAAGAGUGAGGUGGAGGACCAAGCAAAACCUGGAUUACAGCUUCUUGAUGCUAUAUGCCCAAGAAAAGGGCAAGUUUUACCUUCAGCUAGAAGAUGAUAUCAUAGCCAAACCAAAAUACUUUACGGCAAUGAAAGAUUUUGCACUUGGGCAAACCUCUGAUUGGAUUGUACUUGAAUUCUCAAAACUUGGGUUUAUUGGAAAGCUGUUUAAAACCAAAGAUUUACCUUUGAUAGUACAGUUUUUAAUAAUGUUCCACAAAGAUAAACCUGUAGACUGGCUUUUGGAUCAUUUAUUCUACGUGAAAAUAUGUCACCCAGAAAAAGAUAAUCUUCAUUGUGAAAAGCAAAAACAGAUGCUGCGCAUUCAGUAUAAACCUUCUCUCUUUCAACAUGUGGGAAGGUAUUCAUCAUUGUCUGGAAAAAUACAGAAUUUGAAAGAUGUUGAUUUUGGAAAAAAUGAAUUAUAUCCAAUCCAUGCCAAUCCACCUGCGAUUCUACGUACUUCCUUAAAAGCCCAUGAGCAGUAUUCUUUGGAAAAUGCUUAUCUAAGAAGAGGAUUUUUCUGGGCCAUCUCUCCAAAAGCUGGCAACUAUAUCCUCAUACAGUUUCAUAACCCAUUGAACAUAAAGGAGUAUGUUUUUGCAAGUGGAAAUGUUCAACAUCCUGGAGAUAAGCUGUUCAAUACCAUUGUAGAAAUUUUACCUGAAAAUGAAACAGAUUUUUUAUCAAAUUUGCUAAGAAAUGGAAGUAAUUUUAACUAUGAAGCAACCAGUAAUGGGUUUUUAAAAAUAGAUACAUUUGAAGAUGGAGUAGCACAAGGCAUCAUAAAUCCUGCAGCAGGAAAAAUCAAGGCUUUUCGUUUAACUGUGUUGUCAGAUUCAUCUGUGUGGGCUGUAAUAGAUGAGAUAUUUAUCAAGACAAAUUGAAAUUAAACCACUAAGAGUCAUGAUACAUUUUAGAAUCUGAUGGACUACUUUGAAUAUCAGACCAUCUAUUGUUAACUUGUUUGGAAGUAAUUAUUGUAAGGUGAAAACUAGUAACAGUGGACUUUAAAUUUUUGAGGGUAUUUUUUUAAGAAGAAAAAAAUUGAACCUUUUUUAUGCAGAAUAUUUUUGCCCUGGAGAACUUGAAUACUAAGCAAAUAUAUAUAAUAUAUAAAUAAUGAAGUCAAGGACUUUUAAAAU